AGAAAUUUGAUACCACUGUACAAAAGCGAAGAUGACACAGAAAUUUCAAAGACAAUUAAGGCUCAGUGGACUUCUCUGGGCCUAGAAGAUGUGCAGUUUGUAAAUUACUCCGUGCUGCUGAGUCUGCCAGGCCCUUCUCCCAGCUCCGUGACGCUGAGCAGCAGUGGCCAAUGCUUUCAUGUUAAUGGCCAGCCUUGUGAUGGAGAAGCCAGAACACACCGCAGCCAAGAUCUGCUCUCCUCAUACGCAGCCUAUUCUGCCAAAGGAACUCUCGAGGCUGAAAUCAUUGAUGUGAGUUAUGGAAAUGCAGAUGAUUUAAAAAGGAUAAAAAAUAUGAGAAAUAUAACAAACCAGAUUGCACUCCUGAAAUUAGGAAAAUUGCCACUACUUUAUAAGGUCACCUCUCUGAGAAAGGCUGGAUUUGGAGGUGCCCUUCUAUAUGUUGAUCCCUGUGAUUUACCAAAGACUGCAAAUCUUGACGAUGACACCUUCAUGGUGUCGCUGAAUCCAGGAGGAGACCCUUCUACGCCUGGUUAUCCAAGUGUCGUUGGAAGCUUUAGGCAAAACCGAUGGAACCUCACCUCUCUACUAGUGCAGCCCAUCUCAGCGGCGCUCGUGGCAAAACUGAUCUCUUCGUCCAAAGAUGGGACCAAAAAUGGUGUCUGUCGCCCUCUAGAACUUCCACCUAGUGAAAAAAUAAUUGUCAACAUGCAAGUUCAGACAGUCACAACAUUCAAAACAAUUACUAAUGUUGUUGGACAUUUAAAGGGCUUGGCUUCUCCAGACAAAUAUAUCAUAGUUGGCAGCCACCAUCAUACUACAUCCAGUUACAGGGGGCAAGAAUGGGCCAGCAGCACUGCCAUAAUCACAGCUUUCAUCCAGGCCUUGAUGUUAAGAGUGAAGAGAGGGUGGAGACCAGACCGCAGUAUUGUUUUCUGCUCCUGGGGAGGAACAGAGUUUGGCAAUAUUGGCUCAUAUGAAUGGGGAGAGGAUUUCAGGAAGGUUCUGCAGAAAAAUGUUGUGGCUUAUGUUAGUCUCCAUAGUCCCAUAAGGGGUAACUCAAGUCUAUAUUCUGUAGCUUCACCAUCUCUUCAGCAACUGGUAGCAGAGAAAAAUAUUCUCAACUGUUUCAGAAGAGCACAGUGCCCAGAAUCCAAUGUCAGUUCCAUACAAAUACAAGGUGAUGCGGAUUAUUUCAUCAACUACCUUGGAGUUCCCAGUGUUCAAUUUGCUUAUGAGGACAUCAAGUCAUUACAGGUAAUUAUUUCUAAAAUAUCUAACCCCCCCCAUCCCAGACACACACAAUAUAGCAGACAUGCAGAAUUUGAUUUUAUCCUGGCUAUUUGUCUUUCUUAUCAACUAAGUCACUAUAGGAAGCUGCUUCGUUUAGAGAGUUAUUCUUGUUGUUCAGAGGCUUUGUAUCAGUAUUUGAAAACAUCAGCUCUUUUCAAUAGUGUUGAAUUCAAUUUAAAAAGAUUUAUAUUGUCACUCACAUUUUCACUGUGUGCUUUGCAACAAGAAAUUUGCAGUAGUUGGAUUAACAUCAAAACAUAA